AGGUAGACGUAGUAUUUUGCCUCUUUACCUUGGCUUUGGAGUUUGCUACUGCUCGUGUUCAUUUUGAAGAAACCUUUUAUUUGGUCGGUCAACGAUCACGGCAUUUCGACUUCGGCCAGGACCGCAACCAGCUAGCUCAGAUCAGGUGAGCCAACAUCGGCGGACCACCGUGACUAGACUGCGACGGGAGCAGAGGACGGAGAGAAACGAGAACAACGUCACUAGCUGCUGCUGCUGCUUCUAGUAUUCUGCGCUUGCUGUUGGCGGGUAGCAGUACAGCUCUGUGCGCGCCUGGCUCUCCUCAGACUCAGGUGGACUCCAGUGCGAACUCCAAUGAUGCCGCCGUUCAAGGGAGUGCGACUGACGGACACUGGAAUGAACAUCGUCAAAUACAUACUCAUGAUCAGCGGUGGAUGGAGUGCGACUGUGGGCGGACUGUGGGUGAACCGAGUACGCCAGAGCACUUAUUACCGGUAUUGGAUGUUCCACAAGCAGCCGAAUCUGCUCAAAGCAUUCUACACCAUCUCAACUGUGGUGAGUGUGGACUAUCAGGAGAGCGACUACAAGCGCUGGGGUAUCAACGGCUUCACCCACAUGCCCUACCUGCCCGUGCCCGACAAGAAGACUCGGCAGCGGCUGGCCGACGAUUUCCUGAACUCGGACAGCGAGUAACCAUGGCAGCUGGCGCCGCUAGUCAGUCGUGUACCUCCUCUACCUGGCGGUUCGCCCUGACCCCCCCCCCCCCCCCCCCCUCCAAGCCCAGCCAUACACUCAGUCCUGCUAGCGCAGCGAUUUGCCGAGGACUUCCUGAACUCGGACAGUGAAUAACCAUGGCAGCUGACACCGAUAGUACGUCUUGUACCUGCUCUACCGUGCGUUGACCAGAAGACUGACGAAAGGACCGUCGACUACAACAUCGCACAGGCUCAUAUCACACAUAUAUUAUGUACACGCGACUAGAUGAAGACAGUUUGGAGAAUGUCACCACACAGAAAAACAACACCUCAUUUACAGCAGUGUGCCCCUGAAAGCCCCCAGCCGUGUACUCGGCCAUGCUAGUAGCACCGCAAGAUGACUUGAGUAUCAAGUUGGGCAGGCAUGGGUGGACAGCGUGCGCACGGUGUGACUGCCGCAUUGAACGUAGGUAUGCCCUGGACAGCCUCGCCUCGGAGGCUGUGCAAGCGGGGCGCGGGUCAGUCGUGACUAGCCACAUGCAUUAUGCACUCUAACCGUGGAACGGAUCAAUGCCAUCGGUUUGGCAGGCCGUUGACUAGCCAGGCAGGGUCAUCGCUGCAGAGCAGAAGAAGAAUGGGUACUCGGUUACGGAAACACACGCGCGUGUUAUCAUGAUCAGCUGUUCGCCCAUUGGACGCAGGACGGCGUGUCUCGAUUGCUACAGACGUAGCAAGCGGUGUGAAGUACAGAAUGGACCUCCGUUGCAGCACUCAUACUGCUGCACAAUCAUGCCCUGCCUGACAAAGUCCGGGCCAGGGAGUAGGUAUUUUACUACUCCCUGGUCUGAGCGGACUGACUCUGCUGGCACGUCUUAUCAUAAUACGUAUAAUUAUGGUUCACGUACUGUCUGUGGCUGCCAGGGAGUAGUGCAUGCAGUAUUCGUUACCGUUUUGCUGGUAUUUGACGACUUCCUGGUACAUGGUGCGACUACAUGAUUAUUGUAUGCUACUGCCGGUUGCCCGUAUGCACUGAUCUAUCAAACAUUUCUUGUCAACUUGCUUGCUUGGUCUUCAGAACCGCUGUUCUGAAUACUACUGCCGGUUGCCCGUAUGCACUGAUCUAUCAAACAUUUCUUGUCUGCUUGCUUGGUCUUCAGAACCGCUGUUCUGAAUACUGCUGCCGGUUGCCCGUAUGCACUGAUCUAUCAAACAUUUCUUGUCUGCUUGCUUGCUUGGUCUUCAGAACCGCUGUUGUCAGGUUUAGAAUUCAACAACUUUUCUAGGCAA